ACUCUUCUUUUUUUCCCCUUACAUCGAGCAAGGAAGCCCAACCACCGACGCACCUCCCUUUGAGAAACUGAAAUUCGAAUUUGCUCUGCUCUGUUCUUUUCCGUCGGCUGCUCUUCAUUGUUUGGGUGUGAGUUCUUCAAAAUUCUGGUAAGAAACAGCCAUUAAAUUCUCUGUUUUUCCUUAAAUUGGCUUGGGUUACUCUAAGUUCCUCUUGUUCCUUCAAUUUUGGGUUAAUUCCGUGAGUCCCCUGCAGAAUUACCAUCGGCUUCCCCUAGCUUGCAGCUCCAGUUUUGCUUGCUGGAAAUUCUGGUGCUGCUAUGGCUUAGGGCACUGGGAUUGAGUUUCGGUAUUACGGAUUUAAGGAAGUGAAGUCAAGGACGGGGAAAAACAAGGAACGUGACGAGUUAGAAGGCUAGCCAUCUUGUAAAUUGAAUAUAGAUUUUAAAUAUAAAUCAUGAUUUUGUAACUAAACUUUAUUUGGAGAGUUUAUGAUAUUAGAGAAAAUUUUAUAAUUUUAUCUUCAGAUUUUGUGGUAUCAAAUUGUGAAUUUUUAUGAAAGCCUUUCAUUUGCUUCUCUUCGAUGGAAGUUUGAUUUUCCCAGAAUGUAUCCUACUUUUUGGCCUAAUUCUUCUUCUGAUGAUCGAUUCAACCUCUGAUCAAAAAGAUAUACCUUGGUUAUAUUUCAUCUCUUCAACAAGUUUAGUAAUGAGCAUAACGGCCCUAUUGUUCCGAUGGAGAUAUCAAAAGCCCAGAGUAAUGGUAGUUUUAACUCAUUUUGAUAUGUUUUCUUUGCAAUUGUUCUUGGUUUCUCAUGUUAGUAUCUUGGUUGGAGGUGGCCAAUCUUAUCCCUUUGUAAAGGCUUGGAAGCAGAUUAGGGUGGCUAGUGAGAAAGGAAAACUAGUGACAAGAUCUCGAUUGCAGCCAUCGGCCUUGUUGUUCUACGAUUUGAUGUUGGGUGACUGGGUGCCAAUGAAUGGAAGCCUCAUGAGCUUAGAUUAGGAGGUAGUGAGAUGUUUUCUUAUGAGCAACCGCCUUAAUAUUGUAGCUAUUGAUAUGAUGUCGGUGUGGGUUCAAAGGCUAGAUGUGUUGUUAAUUGGCUUGGAGGUAGAGUGGUAGCUGACAAUUGCUUUGAUCUUAUUGGCAAUGAUGAAAUUUGGGUGCUUGUAGGUGUAUUGGCUUGCUUGGAUUUUUUGAGAUUUGAUUGUGUAACGAACUAGCCCACUACUGA